AGAGCAGGAAGCAACCUGUAGAGACCAGGUCCCUGGGCCUCCGGGCCACACCAUCCCUCCAUCAGUAGACACUCCUGAGGGCCACCUGCACCCAGUGGGUCCUGCCCAUCCCCUCCCAGCUGGGAGUACUGGAGAGUUCUGUUGGGCUGGGGCAGUUAGCCAAUCAAAAGUCCCAGUACUAGGACGAGGCAUCCAGGGGACCACCCAACCGGGUAAAGACCUCUCAGCCCAGCUCCAGAGCUGACCCCGGGGCUGGGCCAGUCCCACGUGCCUCAGGCUGCAUGUCCCCGCCCACUGGGGAAGGCCGAGCUCCUAGGGUCAGCCUGGCCCUGAGGAGGCGGUGCCAGGGCCCAGGUGGCAGAAGAGGGCGGGGCGCCAGCCAGUGCUCUGCCGGCCUCGCAGCUCAGACUCACUCAGCACGAACAUCACUCGGUCCUCGCUGCCGCCUCGCCAUAACUUGGCCCUUGAUAUCAUUUGACCCUCGCUGUCACCUUACAAACCCCAGGCUGGCCACUUCCGAAGCCCCCGACGCCAUGGAGGAGUGGGAUGUGCCCCAGAUGAAGAAGGAGGUUGAGAGCCUCAAGUACCAGCUGGCCUUCAAGAGGGAGAUGUCCUCCAAAACCAUCCCCGAGCUCCUCAAAUGGAUCGAGGACGGGAUCCCCAAAGACCCCUUCCUGAACCCCGACCUGAUGAAGAACAACCCCUGGGUGGAGAAGGGCAAGUGUGCCAUCCUGUGAGCCAGGCGACUGCAUGUUAAGCGCGACUUUAUAAAGACUUCUCC